AUCCCACCUUUUGACGAGCAGGCGGGAAAAACGGUCAUCGAAAAGUUUGAACGCCAUUCUCUCUCCUCUCCCAGACUCCCACUUCCUCCAGCUUCAAUCCUCCAAUCGAAUAUUCAAAUUUCCUAAAACCACAAAAACUCAAAUUUCUCGUCUCAAUCUCAAACUUUGCAUUUUCUUCAACCGUACAAUUUUAAUUCGACGGGAAAACAUCGAAUUACGAAGAUAACACGAAACCCUAAUAUCCUUAUUCAAUUAUAGGGUUCUUUUCCCUAAAUUCCACCCAAAUUUAACUUUUUUCUAGGGUUUCUCUAGAAAUUUCUGGUGAUGUUUUCACGAUAAUGGAGAAUGCCAUUCUCUUAGAAGCAAAAUGGAUAGCGAAAGUAGUAAAUUUCACACUGUUCAACCGCUUAGAGAUCUUGAGUCAAAUUGGGCCGUCGAUCUUGCUAAAAAUCUUGAAGAUUAUCUUUUGAAGAUUUGCUCUGGUGAAAUUUCUGGAGGGGAUGAUUCUCACUUAUCCGUAAAUUUCGCUGAAGCUGCUUUAUUGCUUCAAGGUUCGAUACAAGUAUAUAGUCGUAAAGUUGAGUACCUUUACAACUUGGUGUUGCAUGCUUUGGAGUUUAUUUCUCAAACAAGAUCACAAGAUCCUGUGGAAACCACUUCAGUCCAGCCUGAAGCAAGUUCAUCUCGUGCAGUUCAUGAUGAGGAUGAUCAGUUUUGGGUCUCAGAUGAUAUUUCUGUGGACGCAAAAAAUUGCCUCGAUGGUGUGACCAGCAAAGACACUUUUUUGGAUCACUUCAUAAAGCCACCUGCUAACCUAGUUGUACUUGAAGGUGAUUGCUUAGAUUCCACUGAUGAUGGUGGAGAACUGGAAUCUUACCUGUUGGCCACCAACAAUCUCUAUUGUGAUUUUAUCCUUUUAGACCCAUGCGAUUCAGUAGCCGUAGAUGAGUUUCUGAAGGGUGAUAAAUCUGGUGAUAGACAGCAUGGUAGUAACAGAGGGAGUUCAUUGAUCUCAAAAGCUCACAAAAGUUUCCUCUCUCCUGCCAGACGCUCUGGAGGGACAGCUCGCAAGUCAUCUGUCAAGAAAAGGUUGGAUGAUCUUGGUCAGGCUUCGCCUCUUGGUGGUACCAGCAAAAAUCUAAACGAUGAUUUUGAGCCUGGUCCUUCUUGUAACGAUAUUCCUGUUCAUGGAAACUAUGGAUUUGAAUCAGAUAAUGAGAAUCCGCAGCAUGAGGAUAUUGACGAUUCUGAUGGUGAUGGUGAUGAUCCUUGGAAAACUUUGAAUCCCCAUGAACCUGGAAACUUGAAAGUGAAGCCAUUCAGAAAAGUAAAAAUUCCCAAGAGGAUAGGGAUGAUGAAAAACAUCAAUGUAGCUUCUCAGUUUCCCCUUGCAAAGCUUCAUGGAACAAUCAGUCCAGAGCUCACACGGAUAUGGGAGUUGCAUAUUUGUGCUCGUAAAAGACAAGAAACCCAACCAAUUCCACUGUAUGAAAAGCUGCGCGAAACCCUUGUUGGUGGACAUCCUGAUCAUGAUACCUUUUGCCCUCCUGAGAAUGGUGCUGCAGAAGAUGCAUCCGAUGAUGGGAUCCAUGAUUUUGAUGAACCUGAUUUUGACAUGCCAGAUAUCAAUUUUAUGGAUGAACAAGUAAAUUUUGAACCAUUUAAGCAUGAUGAUUUUGCUGAUCACUAUGAUGCUGCUAAUGCUAAUCUAAAGGAGGAUGCAAGCUCUGAACCUAGCCUAGAAGAUCUAUGUCGCGCUCACCUGGAUGCCCUUCUUGCUAACAUAGCUGAAAGUGAGAAUCAGAGUGAGUUGGCUGCUCGGGUUUCAUCAUGGAAGCAGAGAACUGAACAUGACUUGGAAGAGGAAGAUUCACGCCCACCAUUUGACAUACAUGAAUAUGGUGAAGCAGUUUUGGAAAGACUAUCACUAGGGGAAGAUGAAAGCCUUAUGUCAUUCACAGAUGUGGUAAAGGGACGAGAAAAACAUGAUAUUGCUCGGACUUUCUCUGCACUUCUGCAACUAGUUAAUGACAGAAAAGUUGACCUGGAAAGAAGUACUUCAACCAGUGAUUCUUUCUGCUACACAGCUGUGAAUCCAUUUCAUAUCCGGCUUCUUAGCCAUGCUAAAGGGCCAAAGAAAAUGCAAUUUCAGUUUACAAAAAAGAGGCAAAAAUCUCCUAUCACAAGGGGUUGCAAAAAAGGUGAGAUUGACAAUUUGAGUAGACAACCUUUAGUUGUUGGCUCUCCGUCAUCUGCUUCUAAAUCAAGAGCUAUAUUAGCGCAACCAAAUUGUAAAUUUUCUGCGAAGCUGGAAAAGGAUGGAAGACUUGGUAGCACUCCUGAUAGGAAGCGCAGGCGAAGAUCUCGGUUAGUUGAGGCAGUUGACUUGAGUUCAGCAUGAUGAUGAUGUGAUAUUCAGAGUGCACUCCUGAUAGGAAGCGCAGGCGAAGAUCUUCAUUAGUUGAGGCAGUUGACUUAAGUUCAGCAUGAUGAUGAUGUGAUAUUCAGAGUGCAUCAUCCCUUGCUUAAUCAGUCCUUAAGUUUUAUAGCUUUAGAUUAGCUAACAAUGACCUUUAGACGUUCCUAUUAAUUGUAACUUAUAUUGGUAUGUAAUUGUAAGUCUAGGAUUUUAGCGUUUGUAUCUCCUUUUUUAUCAGCAAGGGUAGGUAUCUACUCUUAUGUAAUAUAAUGUGUAUCACAUUCUUUGGUUUUGUAAGGUAUGAUUAAUACUUUGUUUUUUUU